AAGGGAGUCGGUGAGGGUGAGGGAACAAGAGAGAAAGACUGGUGACUCCAGGCAUGGGGGAGAGAGAGAGCGUGUAAGAGGAGAGGAGAGGGUGAGAGAGCCCUGCCUGCAGACUGAGGGCAGAGGGGUGUGUGAGAGGACUCACUGGGGGAGAGGGAAUAGGUUUGGGGGGGGGCCACGGAGGAGACAAGUCUAAGACGUCUAAAGCCCGCCUUGCAAUGAACAACUGAAGGGUCAGAAGAGAAAAGUGGAGAAGGAAAGGGAAAGAAAAGAGACCCCCCCUCCACACCCCCUUUAUUAAAGAAAAGAGGGUACCUGAGUAGAAGGGAAACUCACCAGAUUCCGGGGAUCACUUGCAGACUUUUUUCAACGCGAGAGAGAGCCGUUGAUUGGAUUCAUGGGGUGCGUUCACAGUUCCCGGGUCCGCGGGGCUAAGAAGCUGGAGCCCAAAACUGAACCUGAGGGAAUCCCAGACGUGGAGGUCCAUGAUGUCCCACCAGAGAUCCUGCAGCUGGCUGAGCUUGCUAAAGGAGGCAGCCACACUUUCACAGAAAAGAGCUUCAGAAGGAAGCGAGUGUGCGGGGUUUGUGGCCAGAACAUCGACAACCCAGGGGCUUUCUGCAAGGAGUGCAAGGCAACUGUCCAUAAGAAAUGUGAAGCUAAGGCGACGUCCCCCUGUAUUUCUGCCCCAGACCUGGUAUGUUUACAUGGAACUCCCACUGCAGGCUCCACCAAGUCUCAGUCACACAAAAAGAGGGGUUCUCUAUCCAGGACCAAGAGUGUGGAGAGGGUUAUGGAGAGAGUGAUGGAGAGACACUAUGACUUCGACCUGACCUACAUCACCGAGAGGAUCAUCUCCGUCUUCUUCCUUCCCGACCUGGACAACCAGCGUUACCGGCGCAACCUGCAGGAAGUGUUCUCCAUGCUCAAGUCAAAACACCAAGACAAGUUCCUGCUCUUAAACUUGUCUGAGAAGCGUCAUGACAUCACACGACUCAACCACAAGGUGCACGACUACGGGUGGCCCGACCUCCACGCCCCUCCUCUGGACAAGAUCUGCUCCAUGUGCAAGGCCAUGGAGACCUGGCUGACCUCUGACCCCUGCAACGUGGUGGUCCUCCACUGCAAGGGAAACAAAGGGAAGACGGGGGUGAUUGUGGCGGCCUACACACACUACAGCAAGAUCUCUGCAGGGGCUGAUCAGGCUCUCACCACCCUGGCCAUGAGGAAGUUCUGUGAAGACAAAGUGUCCUCUUCUCUACAGCCUUCUCAAAACCGGUACAUCUACUACUUUGGCGGCCUGCUUUCGGGGGCCAUCAAGAUGAACAGCAGUCCCCUCUUCCUCCACCAGGUGCUCAUCCCCAGCCUGCCCAACUUCCAGUCUGGCGGAGGCUACUAUCCUUUCCUGAAGAUUUACCAGUCUCUACAGCUCGUUUAUACUUCUGGCAUCUAUGAUCCGCAGAGCUCUAGGGCGAGGAAGCUGUGUGUGACCAUAGAGCCUGCCCUGCUGCUGAAAGGAGACAUCAUGGUGAAGUGCUACCACAGACGGUCGGGAGGCCCAGAGAGAGAGGUGGUGUUCAGGCUUCAGUUCCACACGUGCACGGUCACGCACGGAGCCCAGCUGUGGUUUGGGAAGGGAGAGCUGGACAUGGCCUGUUCAGACGAUCGCUUCCCUCCCGAUGCCACCGUGGAGUUUGUCUUCUCCUGCGGCCCGGAGCCGACGAAAGGUAAAGAGCACCACAAGAACGACCCCUCCAUCACCGUGGACUACAACACUGCCGACCCCGUCGUGCGCUGGGACUCCUACGAAAACUUCAACCUGCGCCACCAGGACAGCAUGGAAGACAUCGCCCACACGCGGGGUCCCCUGGACGGCAGCCUGUACGCCCAGGUGAAGAAGCGCAGAGGCCCCGACUCCAUGGCCCCGGGGGCCCCCCGAGGUCCUUCAGGCAGCCCCACGGUGAAGCCUCCAGCCCAGCCCUCGGCCCUGAGCUCCGACUCGGGUCACUCCUCGGCUCCGUCCGACCACCCGGAAGACCCCCGUGGCUCCCCGCCCGACCCCGGGCGAGAGGAGGCGGUGGGCUGCGUGCUGAGGAGAGGGGAGGGGGAGGACGGAGCGAGGGACAGGCUGAGGGCGAGCCGGAAAGAGAGGGACAGGGAGACGGCCAUUUUGGACGACGGCGAACCGCAGACGCCCGAGGCGGCGUCGAGGCGCGAGCGCUCGUGUUGCGGUCGGACGGAGCGCGGCCAGUGGUGUCAGAGAUGCGGCGAGGCAGGCUGGGAGAGAGAACCAUGCCUGGCCAACGGUCACUGUCUGGACCGCUGCAACAGCACCAAGAACAACCCUAAAAGUCGAACGCUCCCCGCCUUACCGUCCAAAUCGAUGUCCCCGCCCCCUCACACUCCUCAGUCAUGCCAUCGCCAUAGCGCCCACCCAUUACCGGAGUUGCCAUGGGAGCGCCCGCCUCCUCCUCCCCCUUGUCUUCAUAGGCCGUGCUACCCUUACCCCGCCCCAGAACACGCCCAUCCCCACUCCCUGUCCCUCCCUGCAUCCAAUAGGCUGUUCUGCGGAGGGGAGGAGUGUCCUCUCUUUCAUUACUCCGCCCACAUCCCAACUCCUCGCCACUCCCACCAAUCCCUGCCCUCAAGUCCAUAUCGGGAGAUGUUUUUCGGCCCUCCAGCUCCCCCUAGCUGUCCGUGCAGGGAGUGCACCAACAGGAGAGAGCACCAGUCUGCUUCAACCAGGCAUUUCCACCCCUUGCGCCCCGACCAAUCCGAAAGCCUGCACUGGGCUCGGGAGGCGGGACUGAGGCAAGGGAGGGAGGGGCUAACGCUGUGGGAGAUGGAAACCCCCUGGGAGGUGGACGCCGAGGCCUGGUACCGUCGUCAGGCCAUGCCACCCUAUCACAUGUGCCACUCCCCAGGGCAGGGUCAAACCCAGCUGGAGCAAUCGCCUUUCGUCAUGGACCCUCACAUGGGGUACCCCGCCGUCCCCCACUCCCUGGUCGACGUGCGGGACAGGGGCAGCAGCGGGUACCACACGCCCCCGCACCCCCGCCACUCCUGCCCCUGCUCCCCUCUCCAAGCUUCCCCGGCCGAGAGCCACGAGAGCAGGGGCUACGGCUCGGGGUACCAGUCUGGAUCGGCCUCGCCCCUGCCACUUGGCGGCCCCCCCAACCCGGGAGCUUCUCCUGGGAGAGCGAAGCUGGCAGAGACCUCCUGUGGAGCACACUACGAGCCCCAGCAGAAGCUCAAAGACAAGGGCAGUGCCUUGACAAAUGAAACAAGUGCCGUGGACUCCAUUUCCCAGGCUUCCGAGGGGAAGGUUGAUGGACAGGCUGCCUGUCCCACACCUGUAGCGGACACUGACUCAGAUUACACUUCCAUCAGCAGUAGUCCUCCAAAGACUCAUGACAGCAGGCAAAAUAAGUCAGACAGGAGUGUGUCGUCGGAGGAGAAGCAGAUUGAAAUUAUCCCCGCAUCUGUAGUAGUUCUUCCACAGCCAGAACCAGGCCAAAGCCACCAGGAGGUCCAAGAAACAUCUCCCUCUGUUGUUGUAGAGGCUAACGCUAGCAGCAACAGCACAGACAAGACUCCUGCCCAACCAGGAAACAGCCAAACGAUGUCAGAAGUACAAAACCAAAGGAACACCACCAAAGAGUCUGCACUAGAUCCAGAUAUCAGCCAAAGUGACUCUCAGCUUCAUAGUGUAAAUUCACCUCCACCUACAGUGAAAGAAGGAGAGGCCAAGCUAACAGGAAGUACAGAGUUGUCUGCCCAAUUAGAGACGGCAACCCAGACCGUUGUUGUCGCCGUCCAGCCAAUCAGCUCUGUCCAAGUGCAGCUCAACGGCUCCACCCUCCCCUCCAGCAGCCCCCUGCCACCCCGGGCAUGCAGUGUGGCAUCCCUUAGCCCCUCCUCUUCCAGUAGCUCCACCCCUUCUACCCCCCAGCCUCCCAUUGGCAAGCUGGAGAGACGUCCCGCCCCCCAGCCUCCCUCAUUGGACACCGACCAGUCCGGGCGGAGACAGACCCCAGAACGAGACAGCACAUCGGAACUGAAACCGCCCUCGCCAGUGCCAGACGGGCACAACACACCUACCUUCCCCCUGGCGUCCUACUACAACCCCCUGCUGAACGUCCCCCGCGUGCCAUACACGGGCUACACUGCCGUCACCAUCCCCGCCGCCCAGCCCCCUCUCCCCGAAAAGCGACGCCUCUCCUCCUUGCCGGGGUCCCCAAACGGCCCCCAAAAUUCCCUCUUGAGAGCUUCCAUGGGUCAUUUGGGUGCGGGGCAGUCUUCCUACGCUAGCCCCCUCCACGUGACUUUCUCGACCCCCGCUGGAGGAGAGCAGCCCCCGGCUGGGAAGUGGGGAAUGGCGCCCCUGGGUGGCAGGGAGGAGCAGAUGGGUAGCAAGGUCAACGCCAAAUUUGUCCAGGACAGCUCCAAGUACUGGUACAAGCCUGGCAUCUCCAGAGACCAAGCGAUAGCCGUGUUGAAGGACAAGCCGCCUGGCUCCUUCCUCAUCCGAGAUAGCAACUCCUUCCAGGGAGCGUACGGCCUGGCACUCAAGGUGGCCACUCCUCCCCCGAACGCCAACAGCACCUGCAGUAAAGGAGAUCCUCAAGAGCAGCUGGUCAGACACUUCCUCAUUGAGACUGGCUCUCGUGGAGUGAAGAUUAAGGGCUGUCAGAAUGAGUCCUGCUUUGGAAGUUUGUCAGCGCUCGUUUACCAGCACUCCAUCACUCCGAUCUCCUUACCCUGUGCACUGCGCAUCCCAGAGAAAGAUUUUGUGGGUGAGCUGCAGCUGAUGCAGAGUGCCACCAACACCAGCACCGCCGCAGACCUUCUCAAGCAGGGAGCAGCCUGUAACGUGCUGUACCUGAACUCCGUGGAGACCGAGUCAUUGACGGGCCCUCAGGCCAUCUCCAAGGCGACCAGUUGCACUUUGACCCAGAGUCCUCGUCCGACCCCCACAGUGGUCCACUUCAAGGUGUCCACGCAGGGCAUCACACUGACGGACAGCCAGAGAAGAUUGUUUUUCAGGAGACACUACCCCAUCAACAGUGUAACAUUCAGCAGUGUGGAUCCUCAGGAUCGGAGGUGGACUAAGUCUGAUAGCACGUCAAGCAAGGUGUUCGGCUUCGUGGCAAGGCGGACAGGCAGCGCGUCGGAGAACGUGUGUCACCUGUUUGCGGAGAUGGAUCCCGAUCAGCCUGCCGUGGCCAUUGUCAACUUUAUUAACAAGGUCAUGCUGGGGCCUCAGCAGAGACGCUGACGAGGGGAGGGGGAGACCAGGAGGGUUAUCGACGAUUCUUGGUCAAACGGGUUGUCGUUUUGUGUGCGUGUGGUGGCAUAUGUUUGUGUGAAAGGAUGAGGAUGUGUGUGAGGAAGACAGUGGAGGUGAAUUGUGUGUGUUUGUGUGUGCGCGUGUUUAUGGAUGUGAAAUCAGUCAGUCCUUGUGUGGGUGGGCAUGAGAAAGCUGUUUAAUGCAGAUGGGCAAAGACUGAGUUUAUGGUCUUUUAUUUGCCACACGAAGAUGGUGGUCGAGAAUUAUACUCAUCCUAAUUCAAUAUUCAAAUGUAUUUUUAUCUGAGCGAGUUUUGAAACAGAAUGUCUAGUUUAGUUGUUUUUUUUACACUGCCAUUUUGAUAUGAAGUGCAAAAACUUUGUCAUGUUAGAAAGAAUGUGGUCUGACAUGGGCAAGCCUUAUCAAGCUGAUUAGUGACUGACAAUCCAUUUGCACAUGAGCAGAUUAUAUACAUUUUUCCUUUCAGUAUUUAGUUGGUCUAAAGUAAGCCUCUUUGAGAGGUCAACACAGAAGCUCCCAAGGCAGGGACAUGUGUAUUGGUUGAAAGGUACUGUAUGUAUUCAUUUGUAUUCUGAAUAUUGGACUGUGGGCAGUUUUUUUAUCAGUCUACCAAAGAUUGUUUGUGGUAUUUAGACACAGAGGAAAGUCAAUUUAUUGAAAAAUGUGAUAGGGUUGAUAGACAUUUGAUUAAAUCCUCCAGUACAUAAUACAACAUUUCAACACCUUGCAUACCAAAUAGCAUUAUGUCCAAAAGCGCCUUUCUUUGCUGUUAUUCCUUAUAAUUAAUCAGAAUAAACUUGGACCAUGGUGAUUCUGAAAAAGCAAAUCUUAAAAGAUAAUGCAGAUGGAAUCCAUUGGCCUUAGCAGACAAAUAUUGUGACAGUGAAGGCUAUAUUGUAGUGCAACGAUUCUAAAACACUAAAUUAAAAAACUGUGUUACUAGCCAUUUUUUAUUAAGCAUAAAAAGGCUUUUGGUAUUUCAAGCACAACUACACAUGACAUCAGUGUUAGCGAGUGUUGCAGGACUUACAGUGACUGCACUGUAUUAUUAAUUUACAUCAACACAUCAUGUAGUUACAUUAUGCCAAAGUUUGAGUCCCUUAUUUUAGGUUUGUAUUACAUUUUUGUUUUUGGAUAUAGAUCAACUCUUCAUAGUCUGCUAUUCGUCAGAUGUCGAAAUAGUGAAUCAACUGAGAAAGAAUGCUUUAUAUUCAAGUGUGUUUAACGCUGCCACAAAUCAAGCCAAAAUCAUUUAUAAAGAAGCACUCAAGUUUUUGAAAGCCUGCUGCUUGUUGCCAUAAAGUGUUUUUCAAAACAAUCUUUGCAAGAUUUAGACAGCAACUGUGUUUAUUGUUUGUAUUUUUAUAUGGACCUUUAUAUGACAAAAAUAUCUAAUAUAUUUUCAUCCUAUGUUAAAGUGUAUAGUGUAGAAGAGUAGAGUAAGUAAUUUGACUGAAAAUGAAGCAAAUAAAAUGUAAAACCAA